AUGGGCAAGAAGGCACCGUCUCUCGAGGGCCACAAGUCCGGCCAGGCUAACGAGCCUCUCUCCAAACCCGCACAUGCCCUCCCAUGGAAGGACGUCGUCGCCGAAAUCAAGUGUAACGACGAAGACGGUCUGACUACUGCGGAAGCAAAGUCGAGACAUGAGAAGUACGGCAACAACGAUCUGGGCGACGAUGGAGGUGUAUCACCAGGCAAGAUUCUGCUAAGGCAGGUCGCCAACGCAAUGACAUUGAUCUUGAUCGCUGCAAUGGCUGUGUCCUUCGCCAUUCAAUCGUGGAUUGAGGGUGGUGUAGUAACCGCCAUCAUUCUGCUCAACGUUAUCAUCGGUUUCGUCCAAGAGUUCAAUGCUGAAAAGACAAUGGACUCGCUUCGAUCACUCUCUUCGCCAACAGCCACCGCUGCGCGAGACGGAAAGACUGUUACUGUGCCAACCAUUGAGGUUGUUCCCGGUGAUUUGAUUGAGCUAAAGACAGGUGACACUGUCCCUGCUGACAUCCGUAUCAUUGAAGCCCUAAACUUUGAAACCGACGAGGCUCUACUUACCGGCGAAUCCCUCCCUGUCAACAAAGACGGCGAUGCCGUUUUCGACGAGGACACCGGCCCUGGUGACCGCCUCAAUGUCGCCUACAGCUCCUCGACCGUUACCAAGGGCCGCGCCCGUGGUGUCGUCUUUGCUACUGGAAUGUACACUGAGAUUGGUUCCAUCGCCAUGUCUCUUCGACAGAAGGGUUCGCGCGUCCGCGAAGUCAAGCGCAAGCCUGAUGGCAAAGCCAAACCCCAUCGCUACGCUCAAGCAUGGUCUCUGACUGCCGCUGAUGCCGUCGGCCAUUUCCUUGGUGUCAACGUCGGUACUCCCCUUCAGAAGAAGCUCGCUCGUCUCGCCAUCCUCCUUUUCGGUGUCGCCGUCGUCUGCGCAAUCAUCGUUUUGGCCGCCAACAGCUUCUCCAACAACAGCGAGGUCAUCAUCUACGCCGUAGCCACUGGUCUCAGUAUGAUUCCCGCCUCCCUUACCGUCGUCUUGACCAUCACAAUGGCCGCCGGCACAAAGCGCAUGGUGCAACGUCACGUCAUUGUUCGCAACCUGAAGUCGCUCGAGGCUCUUGGUGGUGUCACUGAUAUUUGCUCCGACAAGACUGGUACUCUCACACAAGGAAAGAUGGUUGCAAAGAAGGCAUGGAUCCCUGCUAAGGGCACAUACUCGGUUGGGCAGUCCGACGAGCCACACAACCCCACCGUUGGCGCUCUGAUGUUCAACCCCAAACAGCCACGCCACAUCGACCCUGAUGUUGACGAGAAGACGGAGACAUGGGAGGAGCUUCUGCAGGACAACGAGCACCUGGUCGAUUACCUCAAGGUUGCUUCGCUCGCCAACUUGGCCCAUGUUCACCAGACUGACGAAGGUCAAUGGAACGCACGAGGUGACCCAACUGAAAUCGCUAUUCAAGUCUUUGCCUCUCGCUUCAAGUGGAACCGUCUCGAACACACCGGUGGUGACACACCUGCCUGGAAGCAGCUCGCUGAGUUCCCAUUCGACUCCGAUGUCAAGAAGAUGUCCGUCAUCUUCGAGGAAGCCGCCAGCUCUAAGAAAUACGUAUUCACCAAGGGUGCUGUCGAGCGCGUCAUUUACUCCUGCACUCGCGUAUUCAACGAUGAGAGCGAAUCUGGUGUUGACCUUGACGACGACUACCGCGAAGAGAUCUUGGCUAACAUGGAGUCCUUGGCUUCCAUGGGUCUGCGUGUUUUGGCGCUCGCAAGCAAGGAGUACGAUGGCCCAUCACCUGAGAAGGGUCAGGACCUUGACCGCGAGAGCAUUGAGAAUGGCUUGAUCUUCCGCGGUCUUGUUGGACUGUACGACCCACCCCGUCCCGAGACUGCUGGCUCCGUUCGCCAGUGCCAGAAAGCUGGUAUCGAAGUCCACAUGCUCACUGGUGACCACCCUGGUACCGCUCGCGCAAUCGCCAUUGAAGUCGGUAUUGUGCCAUCGAACAUGAACACUCUUCCCAAGGAAACUGCAGAUGCCAUGGUCAUGACUGCAUCGCAGUUCGACAAGCUCUCCGACGACGAAAUCGACGCUCUUCCCCUACUUCCUCUGGUCAUUGCCCGCUGCGCCCCGAACACCAAGGUCCGCAUGAUCGACGCCCUUCACCGACGCAAGGCCUUCACUGGUAUGACUGGUGACGGUGUGAACGACUCCCCGUCCCUUAAGCGCUCAGAUGUUGGUAUCGGUAUGGGAACUGGAUCCGAUGUUGCCAAAGACGCUUCCGACAUUGUUUUGACCGAUGACAACUUCGCCUCUAUCCUGAACGCUAUCGAGGAGGGUCGCCGCAUGUUUGACAAUAUCCAAAAGUUCAUUCUCCAUCUACUCGCUCAGAACAUUGCGCAAGCCUGUGUUCUGCUCAUUGGUCUCGCAUUCAAGGAUGAGAGCGGACUCUCAGUCUUCCCAGUGUCUCCCGUCGAAGUCAUGUGGAUCAUCAUGAUUACCUCCUCUCUUCCCGACAUGGGUCUCGGUUUCGAGGUCGCUGCACCAGACAUUCUCACUCGCCCACCUCAAAAUCUCAAGCGCGGUGUUUUCACCAUCGAGGUCAUCCUCGACAUGUUCGUUUACGGUCUCUGGAUUGCCGCUCUCUGUCUCGGCGCGUUCUCCCUGGUCAUGUUUGGCUUCGGAGAUGGCAACCUCGGAAACGGCUGCAACGAAUCGUUCAACGACACUUGCGACACCGUCUUCCGCGCUCGUGCGACUACUUUCGCCUGCCUUACCUGGUUCUCCGUCUUCCUGGCAUGGCAAAUGUUGGACAUGCGCCGCUCGUUCUUCAUGAUGCAGCCCAACUCCAAGAAGUACUUCACGCAAUGGGCCAUUGACGUCUGGCGCAACAAGUUCCUCUUCUUCUCCAUCGUCUUCGCUUUCGUCACCAUCUUCCCUGUCCUGUACAUUCCCGUCAUCAACGACACCGUCUUCAGGCACAAGGGUAUCAGCUGGGAAUGGGCGAUCGUCUUCGUCGCUACAUUCCUGUUCUUCCUCGGCAUCGAGUCCUGGAAGUGGGGCAAGCGCGUGUACUUCAGGAAGCGCGAUGCUAAGAAUGGCGUUGCCAGGAGGGGCUCCGUCGACCUGGAGUCGCGCGUGUUUGAGCGAUACCUCAGCACAGCUAUCAGCACUGACGGCGAGGAUGGCGAGAAGAAGUCGAGUGCAUGA